AGCAGGAAGCAACAUAGUAUCAAGCUACGGAUGGAAACACAUUUGUGUCAUGUGAGUAGACAUGACAGAAAGGGCUUUCCUUAAAUUAUUUGUGGCCAUAGUGAUCACCUUCAUUUUAGUUCUGCCAGAAUUUUUCAAGACACCAAAAGAAAGAACCCAAGAGCUCUCCUGUCUGGAAGCGUGUUUACUGCCUAAUUUCACCUAUCCACUUUCUUCCUUCAAUUUUUCUCCUGUGGCUUUUCUGCAACCAGCAGAAGAAACACAGACUAUUAUGGGAAUCUCUCCAAAUCACUCCAGUUUCCAAAGCUUUGCUGAGAUUUGCCAAGGCAUCACAAGUGGAUUGCCGAUGUGCUCCUUGUGUUUGGUUUGUGAAUCCAAAGGAGAUGUGGAUUUCACUUCUCAGGAACAAACAUCAAAAGGUCUUGUCAUGAGGGGAUCAAUGGAAGUGAAGGCAAGUGACUUUUACUCACCCUGUCAGUAUUUUAAUAUCACCGCCGCUCUUAUAGCUGACCCUAUGAAGGAAGAGAACACUACCUGCACCCCUGCAACCCACCAUGGACAAGCCACAGCUGUAGAUGAAGAUCCAGCCAGGGAAAAGUCUCUCAACCACACUUGUAGAUUUAUGAAAAAUAUGAACAACUGCGCUCACAUUUUCUUGCGCCUAGAAAUGGAUGUAAAAUCUGUCACUUGUUCCGUGAGAAUCACUUGGUACAUUUUAGUGCUAUUAGUUUUUAUGCUAGGCAUCAUCUUUAUUAUCCACAAAAUACUUGAAGACCAUAGGAGAGUGCGGAGACGGCAGAGUCAUAAGUACAAAUCUACAUCUGUUCUCUUAAGAGGGGGUGACUCUGCGAAGCUGAGCACUUUGAACGUGAGGGUUAUUCCAGAGUCCACUCAAAGGUUGCCCUUAGUGAGGGUCAUGGAAGUGCUCCCCCCAAUACCAGAGCUUGAAGUCGAUUCUCCUGUGCACCAGCAAGAUCAAUAUACACGGCUAUCCUUGGACAAUCUGGACUGAAGGCUUUGAAGAAUAAUGAGAAUUUAAUUUUGGGAUUGAGUGGGCUGGUAAACACUUGGGUCCAGCUGAGAAAGUGCUGAUAGGUGAAUGGCGGGGCUAAGACGCUGGCUGAGGAGAGUGAACUGGAGAGUGUCUAUCUGACCCACAAGAUUAAGGGAUCAAGAGUGUGUCGAGAGCUGCUGUGAGCCAUGGAAGACAAGCUGACGAAGCCCAUGAGAGAGGAAGACGGUGCUCACCUUUACCACCCAUCAUCAUCAUGUGGACCUGAGGUCUUCAUUCUGAGGAGCCAAUGACCAUGGAUGAAAAUCCUCUCUCAUUGGGUCAUGUUGCAGGUGCAGGAUAGUCUUUCCUAUACAGAUGAUGGCCUAUACAGAUUUGGCACAUUACUUAAGAUGGCCUGUGUAUUUAUUCAUACGCUUAUUUGCAUUUAUAAGUCUUGCCUCUUUUUGGCAUAAGACUGUUUUUAUUAAAAGUAAACAUUAGAGGAUAUUGAAAUAAAAAGAAUUUGAAUGAAA